CACAAAGAGAAGGAGCAAUAAAAUAAAAGAAGAAUAAAAAAACAACAAUUUGUGUGGAAAAAAAAAACACACACACAAAAAAAAAAAUUCCAACUAAAAUGGCAAAGGCUAUUUUGCUCCUCUCUGCUCUUUGCAUUGUGGCCCUUGCCAAUUUUGCACAUUGCCACUCUGAAGUUUUUGAUGUUGAAGGAAAGGUCUACUGUGAUACUUGCCGUGUUCAAUUCGAGACAAAACUCAGCGAAAAUCUUGACGGCGCGACUGUGAAGUUGCAAUGCAGGAACAUCAGCACAGAGGCCGAGACGUUCUCAGUGGAGGGUGUGACAGACAAGGAUGGAAAGUACAAAUUAACCGUUGAUGGGGACCACGAGAACGAUAUUUGUGAGGUGACAGUUGUCAAAAGCCCAAGGGAGGACUGCAAAGAGAGUGUGUCAGGAUAUGAAAAGGCAAGAAUUGAGUGUAGUGACAAUGUUGGUAUCCACAAUGCUGUGAGAUAUGCCAAUCCACUUUUCUUCAUGAAGGCUGAGUCUGUUCAAGGAUGCAAAGAAGCUCUUGAUGAGUUGGGUUUAUUCCCCCUUGAAUUCUAAAGUCUUUUAAAGUGACAGAAAAUAAAUAGCUAAUGAUUUGCCCUUUCAUGUUGUAAUGGGAAAUAAUAAAAAUGAACAAUGAGGAAAGAUGGAUUUUUUCAUUUAUAUGUAUUCAUAUAUGGAAUGAUAAGUUCCAUGUAUUUGUUUUAAUGAGAAGAUCUUGAUCAUAUUUUAAGAAA